AUGGCAAACAGUGGUGUUCCCUUCCAAGUUCCAUUGCUCACUAAGAGCAACUAUGACAAUUGGAGUCUUAGGAUGAUGGCUAUCUUAGGAGCACAUGAUGUGUGGAGGAUAUUUGAGAAAGGCUUCAAUGAACCGGAGAAUGAUGGUGGUCUAUCUCAAACUCAAAAGGAUGGUUUGAGAGAUUCAAGGAAGAUAGACAAGAAGGCUCUCUGUCUAAUCUAUCAAGGAUUAGAUGAAGAUACAUUUGAGAAGGUUGCUGGUGCAAGGACGUCCAAAGAAGCAUGGGAGAAGCUUCAGACAUCUUACAAGGGAGCGGAACAAGUUAAGAAGGUACGACUUCAAACUCUACGAGGAGAAUUUGAAGCAUUACAAAUGAAGGAAGGAGAACUCAUCUCAGAUUACUUCUCAAGAGUCUUGACGGUUACUAAUAACCUAAAAAGAAAUGGUGAGAAGUUAGAUGAGGUGAGAAUCAUGGAGAAAGUUCUUAGAUCACUGGAUUCAAAAUUCGAGCAUAUCGUCACCGUGAUUGAAGAGACAAAGGACUUGGAGACUAUGACGAUGGAUCAACUUCUUGGAUCACUACAAGCUUAUGAAGAAAAGAAGAAGAAGAAAGAAGAUAUUGUGGAGCAAGUUCUCAAGAUUAGAAUUGAUCAAAAGGAAGAAGCUGACCGAAAUCAUCUGAGACGUGGUGGUGGUCAUUUCCGAGGACGAGGUCGUGGUGUAAAUGGACGAGAUUGGAGACCAUAUGAAGAAAACUUUAACCAAAGAGGAGAAAAUUCUUCAAGAGGUCGUGGAAGAGGAAAUACAAAAUCAAGGUACGAUAAAUCAAGCAUCAAAUGCUAUAGUUGCAGGAAAUUUAGACAUUAUGCUUCUGAGUGCAAAACUCUAAACAACAAUAGAGUUGAAGAGAAGUCCAACUAUGUUGAAAAAAGGAGUAAAGAAGAAGAUAUGCUAUUGAUGGCUUACAAGAAGGAUGAACCAAAUGAGGUUCACAAGUGGUACCUUGAUAGUGGUGCAAGCAACCACAUGUGUGGGAAUAAAAGCAUGUUCGUGGAGCUCGAUGAAUCGGUGAAAACCAAUGUGGCUUUGGGAGAUGAAUCGAAGAUGGAGGUGAAAGGUAAAUGA